AUGGUUCGAUGGAAAUUCUUAAGUGAUGAAGGAAAAUCUGAUUCUAGCUCCUUUAGGGCAAACCUCCUUUGGCAAAGAAAACACUUAAGCAGCAGCAGCAGAAGUGAAGUUUCAUCCAUUAGAUCUUACCACACAGUCCGCAGCUUCAGUUUCAAGAUUUUGUUAGUGCAUAUCAGGAAAGCUACACCAUUUCUUAUCCAAGUUUGCCUAAGGCAUCUAAAAACUAUGGAUAUGGCACUAACUGACUCUGACUGGGAUAGCUCCAGCGACAGUGGUAGCAGUGAACAUGAAGAAGCCGAGUUUUCUUACGGCGGACGGGCACAGAACAUCUUCUCAAACCUUGAAGAGACCAUUGGCAAAAUCGACGAGUUCUUGUCGUUCGAGAGGGGAUUUCUGUAUGGCGACAUAGUCCGGUCCUCAACUGAACCAUCAGGACAGACUGGCAGGGUUAUCAACAUUGACAUGUCUGUCAAUCUCGAGAGCAUUCAUGGGAAGAUCGUCAAGGAAGUUGAUACCAAGAGGCUUCAAAGGUUGCGUUCUAUCUCACUCUGUGAUUAUGUGAUCAACGGACCUUGGCUUGGAAGAGUUGACAAGAUAGUUGAGCGUGUCUCUGUCACUCUUGACGAUGGUUCCAAUUACGAGGUUCUUGUAAACGAUCAAGAUAAACUUGUGGCUCUUCCUCCGAAUUUGCUUGAGGAUUCUCAGUAUUCGUACUACCCUGGGCAGAGAGUUCAGGUAAAGCUUGCACAUGCUCCAAGAUCAACAACAUGGUUAUGCGGGAACUGGAGAGAGAACCAGGUUUUUGGAACUGUUUCUGCUGUAGAAGCAGGACUUGUCUACGUUGAUUGGCUUGCCUCCAUGGUAAUGGGGGGUGAUCAGAAGUUAGCUACACCUCAAGCUUUGCAGAAUCCUGAGAAUUUAACUUUGCUACCAUCUGUUUCUCAUGCAAGUUGGCAGCUUGGUGACUGGUGCAUACUCCCUGGCUCUCCUCACUGUGAUAUAGCAGAGCAGAAAACUCCGAACGUGGUCGCCUACAAUCUCAACGAAGGCCAUACGACAUUCCAAAAAGGUUUUAACAGAAAUAUGCAGAGCUCAAGUUCGGAUGAGCUUUUUGUUAUUACGAAGACAAAGAUGAAGGUUGAUGUUAUGUGGCAAGAUGGUAGCUGCAUUCUGGGAGUUGAUUCUCAACAGUUGCUUCCUGUUGGUGCUGUUAAUGCGCAUGAUUUUUGGCCUGAGCAGUUUGUUGUGGAAAAGGAAACUUGCAACAGCAAAAGAUGGGGAGUUGUGAAGGCUGUCAAUGCAAAGGAACAGACUGUGAUGGUACAAUGGACAACACUGGUUGAGAAAGAAGCUACGCGUUGUGUUGGUGAGCAGAUGGAGGAAAUUGUCAGUGCGUAUGAACUGCUUGAGCACCCUGAUUUCGGAUUCUGUUUCAGCGAUGUAGUGUUCAGGUUACUUCCAGAAGGAAAUAUUGAUCCAAAUGCAGACAAAAUCGUUGCUACGGGGAUGAAACACCUACUUACAGAGAGUGGCUACAGUGGCGCAUACUGUUUGUCUAGCAUUGGUGUUGUUACAGGCUUCAAAAAUGGUGUCGUGGAGGUGAAAUGGGCCAAUGGUUCUACUAGUAAGGUAUGUACUAUGCUACUUUUGGUUCCUCAAAAAGACUAUAUUAUAUGCUGA